AUGUCUCAACCCUCAGCCCAACCAAGCCAUAGCAUCCACAAACCAUCUGGAAAGAGCAAGUCUCGAAUCCACCAAGUCAACAAGGAUAUUAUUCAAGAAAUUCGAAAUAAAAACCUCAAUACAACCUUAUAUUUGACGGAGAUCGUAUCGAAUAAAGUCAAAAGUUUGCGUCGCAGGGUUUGGGAUGAUUGGGUAGAAUAUAUCAAGUCCUCAGAUCUCGACAGUGACAAGAUUUGGAAAGAGUUUUGCGAGGGAUCCACGGAAUCCAUUCAAGAAUUCCGUGGCUUCCUUGAGUACUAUAUCGUCACAUCGACAAAGCUUGUGCCUUGUCUCGGCCCAGAAGAAUAUGAAGAGGAAAGAACUGUGAAGAGCGCCGGGACUAUACAGGAUGUUUGGUGUGCAUUGGUUCAUGUGGCUGAUGAAAAGAUCCUGGCAAAUAUCCGUCAGCAAUUUCCAGCUCAUAAACAACUCUACAUGCUUAAAUAUCGUACUGAUGCUGGUGGUCGUGGGCAUGGGCCAGCGGCGGACGUUGGCAAACUCAUCCCGGGACUAGCCAUAAUACACAACCUCAGCCGUACCCAGUUGUUUGAUAAGAAAGAGAUGACUUUACAAGACCUGCUGAUGGUCCUCAGAACCGUCUGGCAGCGAGCCAGUUAUAUAACCUGUCAGCCUAACCAGAGACUAUCAUUCUCUGCCAUGUUGAUAAUGGGAGGAAUUGGUGGGUGGCGAUAUGAAAGUCUGAAGAAACUGACGUACCGCGAUAUCGAACUCGGUUGGCUUAGGGAUCCCCAAAACCCUCAAAAGGCGCGAUGUGUUGCCACCGUCCGUAUACACCAUGUCAAAAGGAAGACGGAUGCAAUUGAGAGAGACCAGACGUCCAGCUUUACAUUUGGUAUUACUCUCGUUCCAUUCAAGCCUGUUUGUCUCUUGACUCAUAUUGUCGCUAUGGCGUUCUUCAGGAACGCAUUCUCGACCAAAUUUACUACUCCAGAGGACAUCUUGUUUCCCAAGCCUGAUAGUGAGGUCGACUAUGUGCCUCUAUCAUGGAAGGAUGAUAUUAAAGAUGAACCUGUUUUUAAGCUCGGUUACAAUUUGUACUGGAAAUUGUGGCAUCGUGUACUCCUGGUGGGUGGGCUCCGUGAAAACCCAAGGCCGUACUCAGUUCGUGUUGGUGCCGGGAAUCGCUUGGAUGGUGUUUUGACAUCAGCUCUCCGAGGUUAUGUUUUUGGCAAUACAGAUGCCGUGUUCCGCAAAAGUUACCUCCCGGCAGACAUGCGGGAUGACCUCAUGGGUAUAGCAUACGGCGAAGUUUCGGGAAAGAAUGAGGCAACAGUCUCAUUCCUUCACCAGACAUUUACAAAACGGGACCAAUCGGCACCGGUGUAUAUUACAGAGGAAGAGUACCAGUCCUUCGAGAACCGGAGGGAUAUCAAGGAAUGGCGCCAACAGCGACUGUCUCUUCCUUGCAGCAGCACUGAAUCAAAGGCUUUAUUGGGAAGGAUUCAGCACGUGAAAAAUGUCCUCGAGAGGAAAUUGCUCGAACAGAGACGAAAAGAGUACUUCGAAAAGGCUGACCAGCUUCGCAGCCUUGGACAGUCAACGUCACAUUUACAUCAAACUACGAUGGUUUCCCCACGCUUCAGACAAAAUCAGUCAAGUAGUAAGGCUGCUGAACAGCUGGCGCCUUACUUCAUUGCGGAAGAUAGCAAUUAUACUAUUGCCAGCAAAAUUGUUAGAUAUCUACGACAGGCUCCAAACAAUAACGACACUCCUGACAACGACACUGCUGAUAACUACAUCGCUGAUAACGACAUCGCUGAUAACGACACUACCGACGGCGAAUCUACCGAUACGGAGGCUAAAUCAGACCAGGACCGCUCCAUAUGCCUUCUUUGCUUCAAGGACUUUUCAUCUAGAAAUAGUCUUUCGGCGCAUGUUCAGAAUGUCCAUUUGAACGACCUCGAGAGCCCUAUUCAUUGCCUCGAGUGUAAACACCAAGGCCAAGAGAAAAGUGUUCCUGCUGGCUUCCCAGCCUGGAGCAGUCACACCGAGAGAUACCACGGCGCCAAAAACUCGCCUAUCCAAGCAAAAAGACCGGCUCUAUGUUUACUGUGCAACAAGACUCUCACAAUUGCAGGAUUCAGUAUCCACCUCAACAAAGCGCAUGGCAGUAAAUUCGCGGCUAAAUUCCAGUGUCCUGCAUGCCUCCAUCAUUCUCUCCAUGAAACCAUUGACGGUAAGGAUGACUGGAUAUCUCAUGUGAGGGCUAAGCAUAUUGGGUGUCGUAUCGGCGGGGCAGUCUUGAUUGGCGUGUCAAAUACGCCAGCUGAAAGAGAUGACAACGGCAGUUGCAUGAUAGGCAUGAAACGAAAGUUAGAAGGCAAGGAGGAGACUGUCCAGAAGAGACUGAGAACUAAUGGUAGUAUAUUCGGCGUCGACCGCGGUAUUGAAGAAGAAGAGUUCUGGUGUACUGGACGCGAUGAGGACUAUCUUGAUGAUAUUCAAGGUUUCUACUGA